AAUUAUUUUCGAAUUAAAUAUGUGGUUAACAGCUUAAAUAUAAUGACAGAAAGAUUUUUUUAUUUAAUAAGGCAAAUGUUGGUUAACAGAGGUUAAAGAGUAUAAACAGCAUACCAGCCGCAUUGCCCGUUUCGUUUGUUUACGCGAUGCCGCAGUUGCAAUAUGAGAGUUGUGCGGUUAAAAGGUUAAUAACGUUAUUACAGUAACAACAAAGUAUGUGAAGCCAACGCCCGCCGCACACGUUUCCCGUUUAUCCAAUACACAGCCAGCAUGUUGCCCACCUACGUGCGCCUCAACGACCCCAAGAAGCCGAUUUUUCGCAUCGCCUUCUCCAAGUUGGCCGUAAUCGCCGUUAGCCUUCCCCUAGGCGCCUUCUGUUUCUGUGUGGUGUGGUCGCUGCUCUUUGAUUUUGUGCGCUCUACGUUCACGCAUUGCGACGUGGCCAACUACUUGCCAUCGGUCUCCGCUGCAAUUGGUAAUUAUGAGCCGCAGAAGACUGUGUGGCGUCUGGCCAUCAUCCUCCACAUGCCAUUUAGACUGGCAGUGGCCAAGAUGUAUAUGGAGUACUAUAGAGAGCACAUCAGACGUAAUCGGCGCAUGUUUGGCAUCUUGGCCUGCACUCUUAAUGUGAUUGAGGACUUGGCGCUCUUCUCGCUAUCGUUGUGGACUUCAGCAGAUAACUACGAGAUCCAUCGCAACUCCUUUGUGGUAUUUAUAGCUUGCAGCGAGUGCUACAUGCUCAUUUCCUAUCUGUUAAACAGAAAUGCGCGCAGGGUGGCGAUGCUGCCCCAUGAGGAGAAGUCGCUAAAAUACAAGCGCAAUCUUUUCCUUACCAACGUCGUGGCUUUCGGCUUGGCCGGUUACUGCUUCAUGCGGCACAAUGCGCGCUGUGAAAGCGGAGUCUACACAUUCUUUGCGCUCUUCGAGUAUAUCGUAGUGCUCACAAACAUGGGAUUCCACAUGACAUCGUGCUGGGACUUUUACGCUUUAAGCGUCGUCUGCGAUGCCCGCCAAGGAUUCUAUCUAACGCAUUUGUAGCUUUAACGAAUUCUAGUAUUCUUCUUCUGUAUAUAUUGCGGUCUUAGCUUAAGCUCAAAGUUUACUUAAUUCUAUUUUAAGCAUCCAUUAAAUUAUACUUUUAAGUCAGCUUGUCAAA